CAUCAGAUGAAGCGAUAACCAGUCAGUCAGAGUCAACCAUCUCAGCAGGGAGCCUUGAAAGUUUGACAGCUCCAGCAAGCUAUAGCAGACAGAAAUUCAUCAGAGAGGAACAGCUUUUGGGAAUUAAAAACUUGACAAUUUCUUCAACGUCUUAAAAUAUUGCUGAGGGCGAAGGCGGUUGCAGUUUGAUUGACAGCGCUUUUUAUGCUCCGCCCCCCGAGGCGCUUAAAUGACGGGCGCGCUCCUGUGAGUUCGCGGCUGAUGCCAGUACAGAGAGGGAUGCUGUAGAGCAGCUCAACUAUCACCGGCGAGAUUUAUUUUGUUUAAGUUGUUAUUCUUACCUCAAAAAUGAAGACCAUACUCGCAGCAUAUUCCGGUGUCAAAAAGGGCUCAGGCUCCAGCAUCCUCUCGGCCUUGCAUGACCUGCCGUCCGUCCCCUGGCUGACACGAUCCAAGAUCGUGAAACAUCUGCAGGUGAUCUCCGUCCUGCAGUUUGUCAUCACAUUUCUUGCCAUGGGCAUUGGCUGCUCUUUGCUUCUGAUGUACAUGUUUUGCACUGACUGCUGGGUAAUUGCUGCAAUUUACACCGCCUGGCUCAUCUAUGACUGGAAUACCCCUAAACAAGGAGGCCGCAGAUCGACCUGGGUGAGAAACUGGACUGUGUGGAAAUACUUUAGAGACUAUUUUCCCAUAAGACUUAUCAAAACGCAUAACCUGCUUCCCAGCCGAAACUACAUUUUUGGCUACCACCCUCAUGGCAUCUUCUGUUUUGGUGCUUUUUGCAACUUUGGGACUGAGGCCACAGGAUUCUCCAAGAUAUUCCCUGGAAUCAAGCCGUCUCUGGCUACAUUAGCUGGAAACUUCCGCUUGCCAGUGUUUAGGGAUUACCUGAUGUCUGGAGGUAUCUGCCCAGUAAACCGUAACUCCAUCGACUACCUCCUGUCCAGUAACGGUACGGGCAACGCUGUGGUCAUCGUGAUCGGAGGAGCAGCCGAGUCUCUGGACUGCGCCCCAGGAAUGAACUCUGUCACGCUGAGAAACCGCAAAGGCUUUGUGAAGCUGGCCCUCAAGCAAGGUGCUGAUCUGGUGCCUGUCUACUCAUUUGGUGAGAAUGAGGUUUACAAACAACUGAUUUUUGACGAUGACUCUUGGUGGCGUACGGUUCAAAAGAGGCUUCAGAAAAUUUUAGGCUUUGCCCCGUGCCUGUUUCAUGGCUGUGGACUGUUCUUCCGUGAGUCCUGGGGUCUUGUACCAUAUUGCAAACCCAUCACUACUGUUGUUGGCGAACCCAUCACAGUUCCAAAAAUCGAGGAGCCGACUCAGGACGUCAUCGACAUGUACCAUGCCAUGUACAUUAGGUCCCUCAAGUCUCUCUUUGACAAUUACAAGACCCGUUUCGGUCUAAAUGAAAGCGACACCCUUCAUAUUCAGUGAAAGCGCUGAGGAAUAGUAACUUUUAUAAAGGAACAUCUGCCUCCCAACUAAAGUGCCUGUUCAGAAAAGGUGAAAGAAAUCAAUGCUGUUUCUAUUCAUUCAUUACAGUAAACUGGACUGAAAUGUACUGUACCACAUGGGAUGCAGUGAAUCUAGUCUGUGUCACUUUUGCUUAUUGCCACUGGGUGGCAUUAUGCAAUAACACUACAUCGACUUCUGUCAAGUAUAAUCUAGAUUUUACUCUGGUGGAUGUAUAUUCUUCAAUAUAUGGCAAUACAUUUACAAGUAAUGUAUUUAAGGUUUCAUUUAAAAGCUGUAAUAGAUAAAACUACAUUUUUGUUUGCGCCCCUUGUAUUAUUUUACUGCACAAGCAAUGCAAUGUUCUGCCUCACUAAAAAAGUCACAGGGUGGUUGUGUAACCAAAGAGUGGAGGUGGAGCAAAAGUGUGAUUAAUUUGUUGGAAAAAGUUUGAGUAAAAGUAAACAUGAUGAAUGUUUGAUCCUCGAAAGUCAAAGAGGAGGUAAAAGUGAAGUCUAGAAGGUGAAGAUUAUAACGAAUACCUGUAAAUGUGUGAUAGUAUUAUCGAAACGCUAAUGAAUGCUGGUCAUUUUUGUCUGUAACGCUAUUGAUAAUUUACCACGGAAGUAUUAAUUGUGCAUAUAUACAGUAAGUUGCACAUGCUUUGUUGAGCUCAAGCACAUAGUUUACCUGCUACUAAGACAGCAGCCUUCAAACACGUUCAGUUUCACCAUGUCCCCUUAUAUGACAUCAACACAUUGUCCCAGUUACACGUUUCAGGCGUUUAUUCAGUAAGCAAAUGCUGGAGAAACCACAAACAUGUGUUUGGAUGCCAAAUCAAACAAACUUGAAUUUAAGUGCCAAAAUGUAUGUAUGCAAUCAUUUUUAACCUGAGAUAUUAAAGUUUGUAUUGUGAUUGUUUAUUUAAUGGAUUCAGGGGACCUGCAGCUCUUGAAUGGUGGGUAAUAAGAAAGUACUUGCUGAUAUAUAACCAAGGUUUCGGAGUUGUGACUAAUUGCCUUUUAAGUUGUGAAUAUGCAAUAAAUGCUGCAGUGUCAGUUGUCAUUGAUGUGUAUGAAAUCCUGAUUCUUUACAGUAAACUUUUAUAUAUUUUCAGAAUAAACAUUUAUGGAAAAGUA